AUGGAGUUCACAAAUACUGAGGCUCUGGACUUGACGAAAUCAGGAAGCAGUUCUGAGGACACAUCACAUUCUCCAACGAAAGAAGAUGUUUUAGUAAGUAGAAAGAAAAAGUUGGAAGAUGUGGAGGAAGAACCCAGCAAACGGCCUCGACUAGCAGACGACAGUCAACACAGUCACGUGAUACAGUGGCUGGCGAAAAACUCUUUCGAACACAGUCCGCCGAGCUUGAACUCUUCAAUAGACUCGACGGACGGGACUAAGAGAGACCCUUCCCCACAGCUGUUAUCUCCUCACCCAGGUGGAAUAUCUCCCUUGACACCUGUGCCGCUCAUGCCUGCCCUGGGAUAUCCGGUGCCACCCAUCGGACGAACGCUCGAGGGGGUCUCUGUCACACUUCAAGAUGGUCACCUGUGGAACGCUUUCAACCACACCGGCACAGAAAUGAUAAUCAACAAGUCUGGAAGGAGGAUGUUCCCAUAUGUAACCAUUUCAGUCCAAGGUUUGCUCCCGACUGAGUUGUACAGUUUUUACCUUGAAGUAGUACAAGUUGACGAUAGUUGUUAUAAAUACGUCAAUAAACAAUGGGCUCCAGUGGGCGUGGCUGAAACCAUAACAACCAACCCGCCAGUCAUCCACGCUGACUCACCAAAGCCUGGGUCGUUCUGGAUGAAAGGAAACAUCAAUUUUGCUUCGGUGAAACUAACAAACACAGCUGAUAGGACCUCAAAUAAGAUAUUUCUGCGCUCUAUGCAGAAAUACAUGACGCGUAUCCAUAUCGUGAAAGGAAGUCCUGGUAUCCAAGACAUCACAACGUGCCCAACGCACAUCUUCAACCUGCCGGAGACGUCCUUCAUAGCCGUGACAGCGUACAAGAACAAAGCUGUCACCGUGAUGAAAAUCAUGAACAAUCCGUUCGCCAAACCUUAUCGGGAAUCCUCGUCAGAGGCCCCUCCACGAGCAAGAUGUCUGAGAAAACUCUUCAACGCACAGAAUGCAGAAGAGAAAAAGGAGGCCACAGAGUCCAAACCCCACCCUAACCCGAUUUCAGUGGCAGCGCCCUCCCCUAUGGUACAAACCCCAUUAAUGUGGUAUCCACCGCCUCAUUUACCAUUCCACCAUUCCUCACCAUCACCAUUUUACUUUCCAUCCUCACCGAUGAUCACCCCUUACAACCCUUACUUACGACCCUUCGACGCCAACCAAGUGAGGCUACCGCUCCGUCUAUCCUUGUGA